AAUCACACACUGCAAAUGGCCACGGGUGCAACUCACGUAGUCUCGGAGAUGCGAUAUCAAGCGGAAUCUUGUUUCGUAUGGAAAACAGAAUCGUCAACGAUGAUAAGACAACAGUGAUCGUUGUCACGGUUGGAUUUCCACGACAGUAAAGUCACUCGCGAUUUUCUGAGGGUCGCGCAAUUGAGUUUUCCGCGGGAAAACAAUGUCUGUAUACCGAAGAGUGAAUUACUACGAACUCUGCAGAUUGUGUACGAGUAGCGAGGGUAACAAAAUGAACAUUUUUCGGGAGGAAGGCCGGAGGCGGCAACUUCAGUCGAAGAUCCAAACGUGUUUACCUAUUCAGGUUUUGGAGGAAGACUCCUUGCCAAAAAUCGUUUGCCAUGAAUGCAUUAAGAAGUUGGAGAAUUUCAUUGAGUUUAGAGAAACUGUUGUCAGUGCAGAGGGUAUGCUAGAAUCAUACUUCACUUCAUUACGAUAUUCUGAAGAUUUUCUAAAAGAAGGUAAAGUUUAUGUGAAAAGUACAGAGAAGGAUAGACCAACAACACCAGAAAAUGAAAUGUUAAAGUCAAUAGAAAAAGUAUCACCUACUGCAGGAACUCAAAUAGUUAAUAAUGAUCAACCGAUACAACAUCAACAACCUGUUGUUGUCAGCAAUAUAAAUGCUUCUAAUAUUCAAAUUAUCAGUGGAGUUCAAGCAAGAGUACAACAAUAUAAAUGUGCCAUGCAGAUGCAACCUGGUGGUAUGGCAGCUGCUGUUGUGGAAGCAACAGCAGAGACACAUUAUAGUUAUCAACAACAGACUUCACAGCAAUUAUCACCUCAAUCAAAUGAAGCACAAAAUCAAAUUACAGAACAACAUAGUCCGACCUCACAAAUUCAACAAGUCCAAAAUCAGAUACAGAAUCAUGGUCAAAUAAAUCAACAAAUACAAUCGCAAAGACAAAUUCCUCAACAGAUGAAUCAAUCGGCUCCAAUUCCCCAGCAACAGAAUCAAACGCAGGUUGGUCAACAACAACAGCAAAAUCAAUCACAGAUAACGCAACAAAUCCAACAGUUACAAAGACAGCAAAGAGAAUUUGAGAAACAACAUAGGCAGCUCCAACAAAUUGAAAAACAACAAGUACAGAUUAAUACACCGCAAGAAUUUUCUAUUAAGCAAGAACCUCAAGGGCAAGUUGUACAUCAAAAUAAUAAUAUUAUUCUAAAGACGGAACCUGACGCUAAACAAAAUCAGCCAAUCAUUCAAAAAGUGCAAUCUGAGACACAAAAGGAUGAAAAUAAUGCACAAAAUGUACAAACAUUCACAACUGUACAUUCUGCACCUGAAGUAUUUUUAAAUUUAGGAUUUAAAGACCCCCCACUGGUUACACAAACCGUUCGGGAAGAUUCAAAAGAUUAUAAAGCAGAUGAUGCAAUAUCUCGUAAUUCAAUUGGACAAAUUUCAGAGUUUUUAAGAAUCAAAUCAGGGCCUGAACCUACAUCAUUAAUCACUGUGAAUCCCCAAGCUAUUACUCAGACUAAUACUAGGGACACUUCUUGCAAAGAUUGUGGCAAAACUUUCUCUUCCAUGAAUCAGCUAAACAGUCAUAGUUGCUCUGGUUCAUCAUUCAAUUCAAGGUCUAGUUUACUUCAAACCCUUUUAACCGAUGCCACUGAUAGUGGAAUCAAAGAGGAACCUUUACAAACUAAUAAUAAUUCUUUUAGUUGUGAUGUGUGUGGCAAGCCGUUCAAACGGAGAGAGCAUCUUUAUCAGCAUCGAAAAUUGCAUACUGGUGAACGCCCAUUUGUGUGUACCACAUGUGCAAAGGCAUUUAGUCGUAAAGAACAUUUAGUUAGACACUCUGUAUCUCAUACAGGUGAAAAAAUGCACGAGUGUGAAAUGUGUGGUAAAAGCUUCUCUCGGAAGGACAAUCUGCAUAAACAUCGUAAAACACAUGGUGUAUCAGGUCCAUACAUUUGUGAAACUUGUGGAAAAUCGUUUGUAGUUAAGCAUUAUUAUUUAAUGCACUUAACAACUCAUGCAUCGUCUACUGGAGAUGGUGCAAAUUGUCAGGAUCCUUUACCCUAUAAGUGUGACCUUUGUCAUAAGGCAUUUUCUGUAAAACAAUAUCUCACCACUCAUAAACUUAGGCAUAGAUCAAAAAACAGUAACAAUUCUGGUCAAAAUUCUGUAAAUGGCCAACAACAACAGCAGCAGCAGCAGCAACAGCAGCAGCAACAGCAGCAACAGCAGCAGCAGCAGCAACAACAACAACAACAACAACAACAACAACAACAAGCUAAUACUACAAAUAAUGUAAACAUAGUAGGUAAUAAUGUUACUAAUACUGGAACUUUAAAUGAUAACAAUGGACAUUCUGAUAAUGGAUCAACAGUUGAAAUUCAAAGUGUUAUAGAAAAAACUGAAGAACCAAAUGGUUCCUUUGAUAACCCUUACCAUAAUAAUAUACAAGAGUUUCAAUGAGAUAAGGGGAAGCGUGUCUAUUAUGUUCUCUUGCCAAAUGGUAACAACCACAAGAUCGUUGUUGUCUAAGCAAGGGAAAUUUUACGACACGCCUAAAUAUUUUCUUAAUCGAAUAAGCUUUUACUUGAACAUGAAUUUUUUGUACUUUAAUAAUCUAUCACAUGAAUUCGAAUACUGUUAUUUUCACAAUUCAUAAUUUAUUUAAUUUCAAAGUAAUAACUUUGGUAUCUUUAAAGCUUAAAGUGAAACAUAUUGUACAUAUAUUUUCCCAGUAAAGUAUUACACUUACAAAACGUAUGCUAUGUUUUAUAUAAAUGCACACUAUUAUUUAAUAUUUAAAAUAAGUGUGUGCUGCAAAAAUUUUAAUGUACGUAGAUAGUCAUAAGGUUGUUUCAAUACCUGAGUACAUUUACGUUUCAUGCUCUAUUAGCUUCAAACAUAAAAAUAUUGAACUAAUAUAUAAUUAAUUUUUGUUUAUUAAUAAAGUUAUAAUAAUAUAUUGAGAACAAUUACAAUUUUUUGUAAAUUUUAAUUAUGUUUAAUCACAUUAGAAAAAUAUUUGUUAUAUAUUUUUAUCAAUAUCGCUAAAGAAAAUUAAUAAUCGAAUUUAUUUAUAAUAAUCAAUAAUUGUAUUUGAUGUAUAAAAUAUUAUAUUUUAUUUUGCUUUGUGCAAUAUCUUUAUAUCUAUACGUAGUAGACAGUUAACUAAUUAUUAAAUUUAAUGAAUGAUUUUAUUUUCGACCGGUGAUUGUAACAAUCUAUGACCACUUUACAAAGUAUUUUAGAAUAUAUGAUUUGUAUGUAAACGUAGAAUAUAAAACAACAUCUAAGACCAAAGAAAUUUAUAUUAUGUAUAAAUUGGAUGAAUAAUACUGAAUAGAGUUAUAAACGUAAAGUAUCAAUCAGGCAAGGCCUAGCCUGAUUAACUCCACUAUAUUUAAGACUUCGAUUAAGUGCGCAUACUAUAUACACACACAUAUAUAUAUAUUAUAUAUACAUAUUUAUAUGUGUGUGUGCGUGUGUGUGUAUAUUGCAUAGUACUUUAUAAUCUGUACAAUGAGUCAUUUUCUGACAAGUGAGAGUGUGCCAUACAAUGAAGUUUGGAAAUACACUUACUGAUAAAAAUUAAAAAACAAAUUAUUUAUUUAAGUUUAUUUAGUAUGCAUUAACAGAACUAAAAUUAUUUUAAAUAUUUAAGAUACGUUUCUUAUGUUUUGUCAAAAACAUUUCACUUUACUUUGUGUUCUCACCUAAAUUAUAUUGUUUAUACAGGUGGAUUCCAAGAAAUACUAGUAUUCUGUUAAUAUAUUAUGUGUUAUUUAUUCAGAUCAUUUUUAUUUCCAACACAUGAACCUUAAAAGUAAAACAAUAAGUAAUUGUUUUUCUAUAAUUAUAUUGUUUUCUAAUUUUUGUCAGUAAAUGUAAGUGUAUGUGGAACUAUAAUUGUCAAAAAUUCCUUACAUUUAAAGUAUAUAUUGACCAAAAUUGAAAAAAAUUAAGAAAAUUUGUAUUUAUUGGGUGGUAAUCAAUUCAAUUGCAUUAAUAUGUAAUUAGACCAUAUUUCUAAUUACUUUAUACUUUCUUUCUACCGAACUUUUUCAUAUAACAAGAUUAAGAGAACAGGGGGCAACUAUAUCUUCAAAAAAAUAGUUCCCAGUGUACCAUAUAAAAUUAUUAUCUAUACACAUAUUAAUUUUUAUAUUUCAGCACAAUAUGAAUAGUUCAAAAGAUUUAUAGUGUACUACAAAAUGUCUGUUGUUUAUUGAAUUAUUUAAUUUAUAUACACCAUCUUCAACAUAUUCCAUAUUACAUAGUUGAAAUAAAUACCAAGUAUAGAUAGCACAAUUUUAUGUUGUACACUACAGUGCACAAUGGUACAUAUUGUACACUGAAAUAAAUACAACACUUUUGUUCAACUGUAAUGCAAACACUUGUUAUUGAACACAUAGUAACAAAAUUUUGUUUCUGCAGAGUAAACAUUUUAAGGUGUAAGAAAACUUUCCAUAGUACAAAAAAUUUAUUUUAAUUACUGGUCAGACUUUAUUUUAUCAUAAAGUCUUGUAAUAUAUAUAUAUAAUAUAUAUAUAUAUAUUGAAACAGAAGUAAUGAAUUUAAGACUGUGUUUCUAUAUCACCUAGUGUUAGGUGUACGUUGGAAGUACAUAGAUUUAUAGUAAUAAAACUGUACAUAACAUGGUCCAGUGAGUAAGACGAAAAACUGUUAGUGCGCUGUUCCUAAGGAAAUGGUAUUUUCUGCAAAGCAUGAGAAUGCCAAUACUGAUAUUGAAGUCUUGUAAAGUAAAUAUUAAAUCCAAAGAUACAGUGCUUUUAUUACUUGUGUACUUCGUGCCUAAUCAUGAAAUCCAUGAAAGAUAAUUAUUUUAAAGAUUUAUAUUUAAAGCUGUGCAAAUGUCAUACUUUUUAGUAGCCCCCUGCUAUGUACAACUUGUAGCUAAAUUAUAUUAAACCAAUGCUCAGAUCUAAGUAAUUUCAAAAUUUUUAUUUUUCAUUUUAUCCCUUUAAUUGUAUAUAUCACUAAAUCAAUGCUAUAUUUAAAUAUAAUAUAAUAAA